AUGACACAACCGGAGGAGGCAGCGGCGCGGAGGCCGUCGACUCCAGAUGAACUUGCGAAGAUGGGUACUAUCAGCAAGGAGAUGGAUGGAGCUGCCAACUACCUUGCUCAAACCUCAAGCUAUCCACCCAUGACACCAGAGGUUGAGAAAAAGCUGCUGCGCAAGAUUGACUGGAUUCUGGUUCCUAUGCUACUGUUGACGGCCACCCUGGGUGCAGUUGAUAAGGUGGCUCUCAGUACGGCUGCAAUCUACGGAUUGGAAGAAGAUCUUCACCUAGUUGGUCAAGACUAUUCCUGGGCUGGAUCUAUCUUAUCUAUUGGAUCCAUCGUCGGCAUGUGGCCCUCUUCCUUUUUGGUGCAGCGACUGCCCUCGGCUAAAUAUCUCUCCUCGUGCUCUCUCGGUUGGUCGUGCAUGGCGCUUCUGAUCCCUGCAUGCAAGAAUUGGAGCGGGUUGAUGGCCAUACGGUUCUUUAUGGGUUGCCUAGAAGCUAUCAUCGUCCCAUCAAUCAGCUUAAUUGUUGCGGGCUUUUACAAGAAAUCAGAGCAGCCCCCACGGAAUGCGAUCGUAUUCGCUGCUUUCAGUUCUGUGAUAAACGGUUUCCUGUCUUGGCUGGUAGGACAUGUUCCCGACUCUGCACCUCUGGCCAUCUGGCAGUAUCUCUACCUGAUCGUUGGAUCCAUAUCCGCAUUGUGGUCUAUCAUUGCAAUUAUCUUCCUGCCGGACUCCCCAAUGAAUGCUUUCUUCCUGACAGACCAGGAGAAGUAUUAUGCCGUUCAACGUCUCGCUGAAAACCGGACUGGAAUCAUUAACAAGGAAUGGAAAUGGAACCAGGCCCUCGAAGCAGGCAUGGAUCCCAAGACUUGGAUUCUCUUUUUCUUCAACAUUGCCAUAAACAUUCCAAACGGAGGUCUCACCACGUUCAGCGGUAUUAUCAUCGACAAUCUGGGAUUUUCCGCAGUCGACACCUCCCUCCUCAACAUGCCUACUGGAAUCAUGUCAACUCUAGCUGCGUUCGGGUUCUCUUGGCUGGCCGCACGCUGGACGGGUCGUCGAUGCCUUGUCACCAUGAUCGCAUGCUGUUUGCCCAUCAUUGGCUCGGCAUUGGUGUAUUCCCUUCCUCGAACCAACAUCGGCGGCCAGAUGGUCGGAAUCUAUCUAUUGUACACAUACUUUGGCCCCUAUGUCGUGGGUAUUUCGAUGGCGCAAGCCAAUACUGCAGGACACACAAAAAAGACGGUACAAUAUUCAAUAUUGUAUAUUGGAUAUGCCGUAGGAAACCUUAUCGGCCCUCAGACCUUCCGUGCUAACCAGGCGCCUGCCUAUACGGGCGGUUUCACUGCGAUGUUGGUCUGUUACUGUAUCUGCGUUGUAUUGAUGGCAGUGUAUUGGAUUCUGGUUGUGAAACUUAACGGUCGACUUCUUGGCGUCGAUCCCGAGACUGGAGCGGCGGACGAUGACAAUCUGGCCGAGGCCUUUGCCGAUCACACUGACUUUGAGCAAAAGAACUUUAGAUAUACCACAUGA